GGCACCUUUUGCCAGCUCUACAGCCGCCUCUCUGGAGGAGCCCGGCCAAGUGCUUGUAUCAUCCCAGAACAGCUGUGGGUUUUUAUUGGGGAGGGGAGGGAAGAAGGGCUUGAGCCUUCCUCACGAUUACCUUGCUUCUAUUAGUACUCAGGUCUGCGUGUUGCUGCUUCUGCCACGAACAGGUGGCUGGCCUCAUUUUGCCUUGUAUCCCUCUGUUGGAGGAGCUGUCUCCUCUGCUUUGGCUUGAUGUGUUUAUGGGACACAUGAGGGAAGGGAGACUUUCCAGCACCAGAUUGGGGUGGGGGGCGCAAAUGGACAGCAACAGCAACCGGUGCUUUGUUAGGGCAGUUCUCGGUGAGCCCUGUAAAUGACCCUGGGUCACUAGAGGCAGAUGGGCGAGGGGAGACUCACAUGGUGUUACACUAGGAUAAAGAAGUCCCAUUCCCUUUCCCUGCACUACCUGUGGUUCUAUGGAUCAGCCUGUUCUGUGUCCUUGGCAAUUCUCUCCUCAGACUUGUGAUUUCUGUCCACAUAGGAAAAUAAUGGGCUAAUCUCAUCCUUCGUGGAACUCCACUGACUUCAUAAUAAGAUCGAGAGACUAGGUGGCUCAGAUAGGGAUUAGGAAUAGGUUUUGGAACCUUUCACCUUUCAUUUGGUUUCAGUGAAUUACCCCUGUGACAGAUUUGGCCUGACGUAUAUAUUUUCAGUCUCUCAUAUUAUAUAUUGAAAAAGACUCUGGAAAAUAAAGCUGGUGAUUUACAAAAUAUGUUGUACCAAAGUGACAAAUGUUCACGUCAUUAUCACACAAAUGUCAAGACAAUUAGCUGCGCCCGUGAUAUGCCAGGUGUGGAUUGACGUUAGUCUUUUAUGUUUGUAUAGAUAAAUUCCCCAUCCACCAUGUAUAAUCAGGUGAAGGGUUUCCUUCCCAUCUGUGAUUUCAAUUAGAACCCUGUUAUGCUAUUUCCUUUCUUUUGUGAUUUUUGUGUGUGUGUUAUAUUGGUCUUGGUGCUUUUGGUGGAUAGUCACAUGACAUUAUACAUGAGCAGAUUGUCUCAAGACUGUGUUUAAAAAUGUAAACUACAAAGCAUGUGUGCAAUGGAGUAACAUAUGGCAGACGCAGCAAAUAGCUACAAUAAAUGUGAGCAAGUGUGAGUGGGGAGCAAAUGUGGCCUGCUUCUCAGCCCUGAAAGAAGUUGUUCAAGAUUUGAAGGAUGAGUCAAUAUAAAAAGACAAUGGCUGCGGACAAAGUCUCCCAGAUGAACUCUGGGAAUGCCAUCAGUACAAGCAGGCGCUCAUUCCUGAAGCAGAAAUAUGAUUGUUAAUAUUUACUGUAUAAAACCAAAGGUCCUGUGGGUAGUGCUGGCUUUUUAUAGCUGCAUGGGAAUACCAGGAUGAGACGUUUCCGCCAGAGCCAGAGAAAAGCAUUUCUAUAUAAGGAAAGCAUUGGCUCCUCAGUGGAGCCUGGAGCUCCAACCUCAGAUUCUAUUCUGGAGUCCCAACUGGCUGGGAUGUGUGGACUCCUUGAGAAUGGUCUGUGAAAAUGCAGAGCAGACAAGGCUGCAAGGACUGGGACUAUUCGUCAUGAGGAGAAGACCUGCUAUAAGGCUGUUCAGACGAGUGAAGAGGGACCGUCAGCCUGCGAGUACCAAGGUCCACUCAUGAUGCUGGCCCAGAACUGCGCCGUCAUGCACAACCUCCUGGGGCCAGCAUGCAUCUUCCUGAGGAAGGGCUUCGCAGAAAACAGGCAGCCUGACAGAGAACUGCGACCAGAAGAAAUUGAAGAGUUAAGAGAAGCCUUCAAGGAGUUUGAUAAAGACAAGGAUGGGUUUAUCAACUGCAGGGACCUGGGGAACUGCAUGCGGACCAUGGGCUACAUGCCUACCGAGAUGGAGCUCAUAGAGCUAUCCCAGCAGAUCAACAUGAAUUUGGGCGGUCAUGUGGAUUUUGAAGAUUUUGUGGAGCUGAUGGGACCAAAGCUUUUGGCAGAAACUGCAGAUAUGAUUGGUGUAAAGGAGCUACGUGAUGCCUUCAGAGAGUUUGACACCAAUGGUGAUGGAGAGAUCAGUACCAGUGAGCUGCGGGAGGCCAUGAAGAAGCUGCUGGGGCAGCAGGUGGGCCAUCGGGAUAUUGAAGAGAUCAUCCGAGAUGUGGACCUGAACGGAGAUGGGCACGUGGAUUUUGAAGAGUUUGUUAGGAUGAUGUCCCGUUGAAGAUUACGCUCAUCUGAAGAGGAACCAGCACCUCAGUGAGGGCAGAAGAGACCUGAGUGGAGCAUCUAGCCCUGAUGUUCCCAUGCAAAGGUUUAUAGGCUGGAUGCAUUUGAGAGAGUGCGAGAUGACCUGCCUCUCCUGCCCCAAAGUGGUCCCCACACUCCUCCACCCUUUCACACUGUGAAAGACUCAUGAUGUCCUAUAACUGGAACUGUUCCUUCAAGAAGGCGACAGCAGGUAACUGCAGCGCCAGGACAAGCCACGAUGUUUUCAUGAGAUGUUUGCAACUUUAGACUCCUCCCCUCCUGCUUUUAUUCUCCCACCGACUGCUGCAAAGCAAGAGAAGAGGGAGCCUCUUGGAUUGGGGGAUGAAAGCAAAGCCAUCUGGGAUUGAUGGCUGCAGCAGGUCGCGCUCUGCACCUGUUGGAUUCCCUUGGUGAACUGUGUCCGUGUUUGCUGUGUGUCUGUCUGGAGUUAUUUAUGCCUCCCUGGUACAUUCUCGUGUCUUCUGUGGUUACGUUUACCGAGAGCAACUACAAAAA